UUGAUUUAAUAUAACCGGAAGUGAGGUAAGGUUCACAGUAACUAAUAUUGUAACUUCCUUUUAGGGAUUAGACCUUCUCAAAGAUGACUAAAGUUAAAGCUAAAGAUCUCCGAGGCAAGAGGAAGGAGGAGUUGUUGACACAAGUCAAGGAACUUAAAAAUGAACUUGCUCACCUCAGAGUUGCCAAAGUGACCGGUGGACAAGCUUCAAAGUUAUCCAAGAUCCGUGUUGUUCGUAAAUCUAUUGCCCGAGUAUUGACAGUCAUCAACCAGACCCAGAAAGAGAAUUUGCGUAAAUUUUACCGUAACAAGAAAUUUAAGCCUAAAGAUCUGCGUCCCAAAAAGACUCGUGCCAUGCGGCGGGAGUUGACAAAGAAAGAGAAAUCUUUGAUGACACACAGGCAGGCUAAGAAGCGUAUGUUGUGGAAAAUCAGAAAGUUUGCUGUUAAAGCAUAAGUUUGUUUCAUAGCCACAAAUAAAUGUUUAAAUAAGAA